AAGAUUUUGUCAUCAUUGUGUAUUGAUGAUUGCAAUAAUAAUCAAAAGUUUUCACAGUGAAAAUAAUUUAUCCAAAGAAAGAAAAUCACAACAAGAACAAUUUUACGCAUAAAAAAAUAUUUUCGUGGUGAACAAUGGUUGUUUAUGAAGCACAACUUUCAAAGUUCUUAGCUGGGUAUCAGCAUGUAAAUCAAACCAAAAAAGAUGUGGUAGAUGUUGUGGAACAAUAUCGUGGUUUAACAUUUAAGCUUGAAGAUUUUGUCUUCAAUGAUGGGAAUAGCAAAGAGUUGCUCAAUAUAAGCGGAACUAUACCAGUUGUUUACAAAAAUAACACCUACCAUAUUCCAAUCUGCAUUUGGUUAAUGGACACACAUCCAUAUAAUGCACCACUCGCGUAUGUUCAACCAACGUCCGACAUGCAAAUUAAGGUUUCAAUGUUUGUCGAUCACAAUGGUAAAAUUUAUCUGCCAUAUUUACACGAAUGGAAUCCAUCGUCUUCAGAUUUACUGGGGCUUAUUCAAGUGAUGAUCGUUACAUUUGGUGAUAUGCCACCGGUCUAUGCAAAACCAAAAGAACAAGUCACACCGUACCCAACACAACCAGCAUUCAUGCCUCAACCUGGUGGAGGUCCUGGUUAUGGUUUGCCAUAUCCUGCCGCAUCGGGUGCAUUUCCGCCAUAUCCAACUAGCAAUUUUGGAGGCUUUCCAUCUUAUCCGGGCGCCAGCGGAGCAUCAAACCCACCAUCAAGUGGAUAUCCACCAUAUCCAAUGUCCAAUCCAUCACACUCAGGAUAUAAUAGCUUUUUUGGAGGUCAAUCAAACACAUCACAAGAUGGCACAAUGACCAUAACUGAGGAACACAUCAAGGCAUCGCUCAUCAGUGCUGUGGAAGAUAAAUUACGGCGUCGAAUACAAGAGCGUGUUAAUCAACAUCAAGCCGAAAUGGACACAUUAAAUCGCACCAAACAUGAAUUGAACGAGGGCCGAGCCAAAAUUAACGAAAUCAUUUCAAAAUUAGAACGAGAAGAGAACGAAUUGAAAACGAGCAUUGGCGUUCUAGUGGAAAAACAGAAAACAUUGGAAAAAUCACUUGAAACAUUGGAAAAAGUUGACACAAUUGAUGUCGAUGAAGCAGUCACAACAACAGCACCACUAUACAGGCAAUUAUUGAAUGCCUAUGCUGAAGAGGCUGCUAUUGAAGAUUCGAUAUAUUACAUUGGCGAAGCAUUACGAAAUGGUGUCUUAGAUUUGGAAGUAUUUCUAAAGCAUGUUCGUCAAUUGUCGCGCAAACAAUUCGUGUUACGUGCAACGAUGCAAAAAUGCCGACAAAAAGCUGGUUUAGCUGGCUAAUUUUUGAAAACCAUUUUUUACAAUGUCAAUGAUAUGAACAAACAUGUUAUGCCUAUAUGAUAUAUAAAAAACCUAUUGAAUAAAAUAAAAAUUCAUACGAAUA